CACGUUUUACAAACUGUCAGAUUUUAAGUUCUAAGAAACAACAUAACCUGUUGAUUCAUUCUCAAUUUAAAAAAGAGAAAUAAAUUUGAAACUCCGGAAAGUGAAACAAAAUGGAUAAAUUGCGGAAAUUUUUAAGCGGAGAUGAUACAUCACCAGACGAAGAAAGCGGGAUCAUGUCUCAAUUUAGCGAAAACACAACAUUUAGUUGGUCAACACGAAUAAAAGGAUUCUUAAUAUGCUUUAUAGUCGGAAUAUUGUUAUCAUUUUUGGGAUCUUUUGCGUUAUUUUUCAACGGCGGAUUAAAACUGUUCGCUAUUUUUUACACCUUGGGUAACAUAACCUCAAUGGCCAGUACUUGUUUUUUAAUGGGACCUUUUAAUCAAUUUAAACGAAUGUUCGCUGAAACGAGGAUUAUUGCAACAAUUAUCGUACUCCUUUCGUUAGCUUUAACAUUAAUGGCAGCGCUUUGGUGGAAAAAAGCGGGUUUGGCUUUAUUAUUUAUAAUAAUACAAUCUUUAGCGAUGACGUGGUAUUCUAUUUCCUAUAUUCCUUAUGCAAGGGAUGCUGUGAAGAAGACAAUUUCAGCUUGUGUUGUGUAAGAUGGGGAAAAAAGCAUUUUUAAAGAAGCAUUUAUGUAUUAAUGAGAAUUAUUUUUGAUAUAAGUGUAUAUAAGUAUUAACUGGUGUAUUUACUAAUUAUUUAUGUGUGUUAAGAAAGAGCCAAAAGAUAUUUAAAUAAAUUUUUAAAAACUU